UUUCUUAAUUUUGUAUAUCCACUUAUAUAGGGCUCAUAAAACUAGGACACGAUGAAAAGGUCGUUUCUCUUUUGGGGGGUUUUUCUCUUGUUGUUUUCACUCUCCACCUUUUGCAGAAUACCCUUUUGUCUUGCAACUUCAAUCAUUGAAGUUAUUGAAUUUAAUCAUUUAUUCUUGUAGAUUCUUUUCUCCGAAAUCGAUCCUUUAAGAAGUUUAGAAAUAUUUGAGCUUUUCAGUUUUGCUAUUCUAGAACUGUAACUUUUUUCCCUCCUUCAAAAAAUUCAAUGGCCUGCAUGAUUCAUUAUUUGCUGGCAUUGGAACUUUUACUCUCGCCAACUUUAAAUCCACUCCAUUUCAUGGCUCAAGGAAGACAACUGCCCGAUCUCAGAAUGAUGCAGAGAAUAAAUGAAGAAAAGGUGAUGAAAAUGGUAGCAGUGAUAGGAUCAAAGCCUCCAAGAUGUGAUAAUAAAAGAUGCAAGUCUUGUGGAGAGUGCGAGGCAGUUCAGGUUCCAAUUGUGCCCUCAAAGGAAUUCAUCUCCCAAAAACACUUGCAUUUUCAUCCAAUCCCAAGAAUUAAUAUCAUUGCAUAUUCAAGAGGAGAUUAUAUUUCAAACUAUAAGCCAAUGUGUUGGAAAUGUAAAUGCGGAGAUUCAUAUUUCAACCCUGGAGGGGCCUAACCAUGUCUCUCUCUCUCUAUCUAUAUAUAUAAUUUCGUAUA